AUGGCGGCUAACGUUGGUGGUCGGAGUUUGAGGAAGCCGAUGUUCGUUAAGGCGGACAGCCUGAAGCCGGGUACCAACGGCCACAAUCUGGUGGUGAAGGUCGUCAGCACCGAAACCACUCUGCAGAAGGGCGCAGCCGCCUCGCCGCACCUCCGAGGAAUCCGCGUCGCCGAGUGCCUCGUCGGCGAUGAGACAGCCACCAUCCUCUUCGCCGCCCGUAACGAACAAGUUGAUUUGAUGAAGCCUGGAAAUACUGUUAUCAUCAGAAACGCAAAAAUUGACAUGUACAAGGGGAACAUGAGGCUGGCUGUUGACAAGUGGGGCCGCAUUGAGGUCACCGAACCCGCUACAUUUGUCGUGAAUGAAGACAACAAUCUCUCUCUUGUUGACUACGAGCUGGCCAAGAGCCAAAGCGCCACUAAGCCCCGAAAGAUCCCACCUGCAAAAAAUCAGACGAAACAAAGAAAAGGCGGGCAUCCCCCGACCAGAUCACGACAAGGGAUUGAGAGACCCGACAAUGUCACCGAAAUCAGCCAGGAAAGGGGCGACGAGACAAAAGAUGCCCCAGGCCCCCUCCCACGCAAGGCUGCCGGUGAACGGGCCAGGCUACUCCUUUCUCGACACGGGCUAGACACAGAGGAGGUGGACAGAGGCUGCAGCUGUCGGUGA